GGCAGGAAGGCGAUCGUUCCUCGAAAUGGGUAACUUCGGAAAAUGAGACAGUCGCAUAAUUCAAGCCUUGUUUACCCGUGGUUUCGGCGUCGCCCAAAUACAAGCAGAGGGAACAUUAGCUCGAGCCUUUGGAGGGCAGCUGCGUGCGUGUCGGUGUGUUAUAACAGGUUCAUCACAUCUCGAAAUAGAACAGCCAUGUCUUGCAGGGUUCUAGUGUUCGUCCUCGUUGCAGUGGGAACUUCUGAGAGUUUUUCCGACGCGAGGAGAAGCACUGGCGGUUCGCGUGGUGAGAGUUCAUGGCGUUUGGACCCGAAUGCCUUUUGGCCGGCGGUGGAGAAAUUCGCCGCCAUGCACUCUCAUUUGGCUGCGCAUGACGACGACGUCGAGAGUUUCCUCCGAGCGAGAGAGGGACGAAAUCCCGACGAAGGGGAAGCAGAAGGAGACGAAGACGAGGGCGAGAGGCUGUUCCACCUCCUCUACACGCCCUCCCCAACGCCACCUGGAUUUAGCAGCUUCCUGGACCUCCUGCAGUUUGCUAAAGAGCUGCGUGGCGCCGUUAAUCGGUUGUCAGAACAAGACGAAGACACUGAAGAGAAUGCAUCACUUCGAGAGCCUCUUUUCCCAGAAACGAAAAAAAAAGUCAAGAGACCACUUGAGUUAGCCCUAGAAGAUGUCGAAGAAUCCAAAGAAAACGGGAAGAUUUCGGAAGAAAACGAAGAACACAAAUUAGUAGAAAACGGGGCGUCGACAAAAAAUCCCUCACGACAGGACGCCAACUGGAUCGAAGCUCCUGCAGGCGACGAAGGUGCAGGAGACCUAUCGACAAGGCCUCGUCGCUGCGCAGGUGUCCAUCCACAACCAGAGGAAGACGACCCCGCGGAACCACGUACAACGGAUAACAAGAAGCGUCACAAGAAACACAAACCUUACUUUGCCGAUUUUUCCUUCUCUGUUCCAGUGUUUCAGUUCGAUUUCCCUUUUUCCAAUUUCAAGAUUCUGCCUCUUACCGAUCCUUAUGCUUUGCCGGAGGACGAGUGAAUGUUCAUAGUAGAUACACGAAUUGUAAAUGGCGCCGUUCUAAAAAGUCACAUUAGUUGAAUAUUCAUUCGUUUGAUGCGUUUCAUAAGAAGGAUAAUGUAAUCAGUGUCAUUUACAUGCAUGAAGCCAAAAUGAUCUUAAUUGAACUUGAGGAUAAUAAAUUGAAUAGCAUAUUGUAGUCUAGAGGUUAGAUUGAAUAAAGAUUGAUUUUUAUAA